UGAGGAACUGAAGAGAUAGGGAAGAGGCCACGCUGCAAAAACUGGUGGAUUCCAUGGCAGGCUAGAGCUAAUGAGGUGCCCAACAUAAAAAAUGAAAGCUAUGCUCCUCCUUGUUCACCCCUGUAAGUCUCUCUCUUUCCCCGACUCACUACAGCCCCUUUACACUUCCAACACACUAAGACCAACCUUCCCAACUCACCCAAUUCCUAAACCUUCGUUUCCUAAAAGACUCUUACUUUCCAAGAAAGCCAUCUCCUUUUGCUCUAGGAAUGAUGUUUUUGAUGUUUUCCCGAGUACCCAUUUGCCGACUAAGUCUAUUGGAGUUGAGAUGGAUGAGAAUGAAGAGCUUGAGUUGCUGAACAAGCCAUCCCCAGUUCCUAUAGAGGAUGCUUCUGCUUCAGAAGUAGAUAAAGACUCUGAGAAACACGAGGCUUUAGCGCCUUUUUUGAAGUUUUUUACUCCAAGAGAUUCUGUGGAGGAAGUAGAAGAGAAUGGAGGGGAAGAAGUAGAGGUGUUUGAGGAGAGUAGUGAUGUGGAUGAUGAGAAUGAGGAGGUUGAGAAGGUUAAGGUUGAGUACUAUGAGCCUAAACCGGGAGAUUUUGUGGUUGGUGUUGUUGUUUCGGGCAAUGAGAAUAAGCUUGAUGUGAAUGUAGGGGCGGAUGUGUUGGGGACAAUGUUGACUAAGGAGGUGUUACCUUUGUAUCACAAAGAGAUGGAAUACUUGCUCUGUGAUACGGAUUAUGGUGCCGAGGAAUUUAUGGUUCAAGGGAAGAUGGGAAUCGUUAAGAGUGAAGCGGUGAGCGGGGCAGCAAUGCCGGGGAAACCUGUUGUGGAACCUGGGACAAUUUUGUUUGCUGAGGUUCUUGGUAGAACGCUCAGUGGCCGGCCUUUGCUUUCGACUAGGCGGCUCUUCCGAAGGAUUGCUUGGCACCGAGUGAGGCAGAUAAAACAACUCAAUGAACCUAUAAGAGUUACAAUUACAGAAUGGAAUACUGGAGGCCUUCUUACAAGAAUUGAGGGUUUGCGAGCUUUUCUACCAAAAGCCGAAUUAAUGAGCAGAGUGAACAACUUUACGGAGCUGAAGGAAAAUGUGGGUUGCCAGAUGUAUGUGCAGAUCACUCGGAUAGAUGAAGCCAAGAAUGACUUGGUACUGAGUGAAAGGGAGGCCUGGGAAAUGUUGAACCUUAGAGAGGGGACACUCCUGGAAGGGACUGUUAAGAAAAUAUUUCCAUAUGGAGCCCAAGUCAGGAUAGGUGAAACUAAUAGAAGUGGCUUGCUGCAUAUCUCAAAUAUCACUCGUGCUCGAAUCACUUCUGUUGGCGACCUACUCUCUGUUGAUGAGAAGAUCAAAGUUCUGGUUGUGAAGUCGAUGUUUCCUGAUAAAAUAUCUCUUAGCAUUGCAGAACUUGAAAGUGAGCCUGGCCUCUUUGUAUCAAACAAAGAGAAAUUAUUUUCAGAGGCUGAAAUGAUGGUGAAGAAGUAUAGGCAAAAGCUGCCUGCUGUUCUAUCCCGUAGGUCAGAAGCUCCUCAAGCUGAUUCUCUGCCGUUUGAUAGUCUAAACAUGUAUGCAAAUUGGACGUGGUUCAAAUUUGAAAAGCAAUGAAAACAAAGCCAUGGCUUAAGGUCUCCCAAGUCCCAAGCAUAUAUGAAAAAUGAAGAGUGCUGUUCGACUACCCAUCAUACUUCUCACACAUCCCUUGACAGGGAAAAGAAAAAAUAUUUGUUGUAAAUUAGUCUUGAAAAGGUCCAUUUACUUCAUUUACCUCUGACGUACUGAUGAAGCUAAAGCAAUGCUUAAGAUUCACAGCAUGAUACGUGAUCAUCACUUGGGCCAAUCUAAUGAAUUUUGUAAAUCAUGUAAGCUCCUUUUUAUAAGCAAAAAACAAAUUAUUCUGUCCCUUUCUUUUUGUAUGAGCUUCUAGCAUUGAUUUCUUCUUGUAUGUUAUCACCUGUUGAACUGGUCAUAUUCGUUUACUCGUCCCAAGGAUUCUUAACGAGAAGUAGAAGUGUUUGGGGUUAUUUAAAUACCAGAUUUCAGCACUAGACCAAU